AUUACCACCUGAAGUAAGAUGACUCGUUUAGAAGCUAAAAAGCCCUCAUUCUGUAGAAGUGAGCCACUGACAAGCGAACGAGUGAAGGCCACCCUCUCUGUCUUGAAAGGCAUCGUCACAUCCUGCUAUGGCCCGGCAGGCAGGCUGAAGCAGCUGCACAACGGCCUGGGGGGCUCUGUGCGCACAACCUCCCAGUCGGCAGCCCUCCUCGCCAACCUGCCAGUCACCCAUCCCAUUUUAAAGAUACUGACAACUUCUGUGCAGAAUCACGUGUCCUGCUUCAGUGACGGCGGCUUAUUCACAGCCAUUCUUUGCUGCAACUUAGUUGAAAAUGUUCAGAGAAUAGGUUUGACACCGACCACUGUCAUUAAGUUAAAUAAGCAGCUUUUGAGCCUCUGCAUCAGUUACCUAAAAUCUGAGGCCUGUGGUUGUCGAAUCCCAGUCAACUUUAGUAGCACUCAGAUCCUCCUCUGUUUGGUGCGUAGUAUAUUAACAAGUAAACCUGCCUGUAUGCUCACCACAAAGGAAGUCGACCAUAUCAGUACUUUGAUUCUGAGAGCCUUUCUGCUUAUAAUUCCAGAAAAUGCCCAAGACCACAUCAUUUUAGGAAAGAGUAUAAUUGUCCCUUUAAAACAUCAAAGAGUUAUAGAUUCUACUGUGUUACCUGGAAUACUUAUUGAAAUAUCAGAAGUUCAAUUGAUGAAGAUAUUACCUAUCAAAAAAUCAGAUUCCUUCAAGGUGGCACUCUUUUGUGUGUCUUUAUCCGGAGACCUUUCUGAUACUGGAGAAGGAAAUGUGGUGGUGAGUUACGGAGUUUCUCUUGAAAAUGCAGUCCUGGACCAGUUGCUUAACCUAGGAAGGCAGCUAGUUAGUGAUCACGUAGAUCUUGUCUUGUGCCAAAAAGUUAUACACCCAUCUUUGAAGCAGUUUCUCAGAACGCAUCAUGUUAUUGCUGUAGACAGAGUUGGAGUGGCUGUGAUGGAACCCCUGAGUAAAGUGACAGGAACAAGGCCUAUUGGUUCCUUGGACUCAAUCUCUCCCAGUAGUUAUGGAAGUGUGAAAGAUUUGUGCACUGCAAAAUUUGGCUUCAAACAUUUUUUUCAUCUUAUUCCUAAUGAAGUAACUGUCUGCAGCUUGCUUCUCUGCAACAGAAAUGACACAGCCUGGGAUGAACUGAAGCUCACGUGUCAAACAGCACUGCAUGCUUUGCAGUUAACAAUCAAGGAACCAUGCGUUUUAUUAGGAGGUGGCUGUACUGAAACUCAUUUGGCGGCAUAUAUCAGACACAAGAUGCGUAGCGAGCCGGAAGGCAUUCUUAGAGAUGACGGAUGUACCCAGACAGAACUCCAGCUGAUCGCUGAAGCAUUCUGCAGCGCACUCGAAUCUCUCGCUGGCUCUUUAGAACACGACGGAGGUGAAAUUCUCACUGACGGGAAGUAUGGACACUUUUGGUCAGUUCAGGCUGAUUCUCCCUCUGUUGUGAACUGGCCAGAUUUGCUUUCAAGAUGUGGCUGUGGACUCUACAGCAGCCAGGAAGAACUUAGCUGGUCCUUCUUAAGGAGUGCUCGUCUUCCUUUUGUGCCUCAAACCUGCCUUCCGUGUGAAGCCACGGACUCAGCUGGCAACCUGACCUUGGACUGUUUUACUGCAAAGCUUAGUGGCCUGCAGGUGGCUGUGGAGACUGCCAAUUUGAUUUUGGAUCUUUCAUAUGUCAUUGAAGAUAAAAACUGAUGUGGAGAGGAACUGUGCUCCAGGAGCUGCACCUAAAGAAUCACACACAGGGAGCCUCACCCACCCUGACCUGACUUCAGUCAUGAGAUUCUGGACUUUGAGCUGAUGUUGUAACGCCAUGAGAAUUUGGGGGAUCUGGGAAGGGUGUGAAUGUAUCUUGCAUGGGAUGGGCAGCCUCCAAGAUGGUCCUGCCUCUUGGCGUACACACUUCGGGUGUGGCUGGGACCAAAUGACUAGCUCUUAAUGAGUAGAAUACAGCAGAAGUGAUGGGCUGUCACUUCCAAUAGUGGGUUGUCAAAACAGGCUUCUCUCCUUAUCUGUCUUGCUCACUGUGACGGAAACAAGCUGCCAGGUUGGGAGCUACCCUCAAGAGAGGCCCACGUGGCAAGGGACUGAGGGAGGCUCCAGCCAGCAGCCCACAAGGAACUGAAUCCUACCAACAAACACAAGAGUGAAUUUGGAAGCAGUUCCUCCUUAAUAGGCAUCAAGAUGAGUUUAGCCUCUAUAUCAUUGCAGCCUCAUGAGACACCUUAAAACAGUGGAUCUAGAUAAACCACUCCUUGAUUGAUUUCCUGACCCACAAAAUCUGUGAGAUAAUAAACUUUAAGUCAAGUUUGGGGUGUUAUUUGUUAUGCAGCAAUUAACACCUAAUAAAGGCAAGAGUAAAGCUUAUUUAUAAUUACAUACUGAAAAUUUGAUCACACAAGUGGAAAAAAGCAUUCUUGAUGCCAUGCUUUUGCAUUUUCACCAUCAUUCCAAACAUAAAGGCAGGGUUCAUCACACAUGUUUACAAUGGGGUUUUUAUAUUCACUUAAGAAAGGGUGUCACAUAGAAAUAUGGGAAUUAUCCUGGGUUCUCAGGAUAGCCAUUUUUAGCUCUGUCAUUUUUAACUUUGCCUUAAAAUUCAAUUAUAUUCCUUGGUGAAAUACAAUUGCUCUCAUUUUGAGUAUGUCAUAAAUUUGUUGAAAUAUUUUUAUAAAUUCAUGUUUCCUGAAGUUGUAUACAAUCCUUAGUAGAAAACACUGGAAAUUAAAAAAAAAAAAAACUGUCUUAAUAGUUCAAGAAAAUCAUCAUUCAAACUCAGAUGGUAAAAUACGAGAUGAAAAUUCUUGAUGAAAAUAAUUUCAGAGGAGCUCAUUUUGACAGAAAUCAACAACAAACUAGCAGCUAAGUUAAGCCUUGGGCAUUGUUUGCUGACAAAGUAAGAUUGAAGUCUGAAUAUUGCAUUAUGUUUCCUCGGGCAACAGAACAGGAAGCCCUGAUAGCUACAAAAAAAGGAAAAGGAGAAUCAUGCAGGAAAGAAUGAAGUCAGCACUGCUCAAUACUUUUGUGGGACUCACAGGACACGUCUCAUGUUUUAUUAUUAUUAAUUAGUAAAGUUUCUUGAACCAUAGAAUUAGCAUCUUUUUAAUCAAAAGAGGUUAGGAUUUUGGCAGCAUAGAAAAAAAAAUUGGAGAACUAAGACAAAUUAAAAGACAUUUUAAGUCAAAAUACUCAUUUAAUCUUAUAAAUACCCAAUUCCUUAAUUCUUCCAUUUAUACUUGUAUCAGAGAAUCUUUAUAUGUUAGACAUUUAAAUCAACUGUUAGAGUGGAGUAUUUUCCACAGGAUAUUUAAAUUAUUAUUAUUAGUUCUUUUUUAUUAUCAUAGAUAUUCUUGAACCCAGUUUGUAUAAUCAAAACUUUUGGGGCCUUCACGUGAUAGAAGAGGACUUUUAAGUACCCUCAUAAGACCCAUCAUAUUCUGUAUUCUUACAUUGUUGAACAGUUUUUUGGAUAACUUUAAAAUAAAACAAUAUUGUUUAUAGUCACAUAAAUUAUAUAGGUUACUAUUUAAGAGUAUCAUGUACAAAAAUCACUCUCAUAAUCAAUGCAGGGCCUGUCAAAACAUCCAAUUAGGUUAUUCAUUUCUGGUGAUCUUUGGGGAAUAGUCAAGGAGACUAAACAUGUCUUAUAGGUCCCUGUUUCAGCUGUAUUGUAUAAAUAAAUCUAUCUCUUAAUCUGAAGGAAAAGGCAAGUUUGAACAUCUGAUACCUUUAUAAUUUUUUUUCAUUAGUUAAGUGUUUCCACUUAGUAACUAUAGUGUCCCAUAAUCCUUGGAAAUGUUUGCCAUUCACCUACAAAAUUUGAGUUUAGAUGCAUCUAAACUCAAUGUUAGCCUGUAUUUUUGGAUUACAAGUAGAUUUAUAUGUUUCUUUAUUAAGAAUAUAGUAAUACUCAUAUAAAAGAGAAUGCAAUCUCUGAAAACUAUUUGUAUAUGUAGAUCAACCCGUUUGUUGGAGAGAGAAUUAAUAGACUAGAUGUAUUAAAAGCAGUGGAAUACCAUUAUCUGUAAUAAAUUGUGACUUAAGAGGGAAAUGAAGCAACCUGACAAUGUUCUAUUAAGAAUUCACAUUGGGGAAACCUUUAUAAUAAACAUCCUAUUUUAUUUAGCCCUGUAGCUUUUGUUUGAAGCAUUGUGACUUCAUUUUGAGAAAUGUCAAUUGAUUUAUUUCUGUUUGCCAGACACAAAAGUCAAUGGUGUUGAAGAUUUAAAAAAAAAGAUUUGUUCACAAUCCCUGACUUCAAGGAGUUGAUCAUCUGGCCGGCAAGACAUAUUUUUUAAGUAUUAUUUUCCUUUCUUCUUUCAUAACAUUUUGUAACAGUAGAAAUUUUGGAAAAUAUGAAUCUGACAUACACACACAAAACAAAAACAAAGUCAAGAGUAGUCCUACUACCCAGAGAUGACCACUGCUUACAUUUUAUGUGCAUCUUUUUGGUUUGUCCUCUGUGUACAGUUUUCCAAAAAUGUGAUCAUAUAGGAUGUUGUUUUAUAAUCUAUUCUUUUUACUUAAUAUGUCAUGAACAUCAUAAUCAUGUAUAAUAAUUACACAUUCUUCUACUAUAUCAGUUUUAAUACCUGAAGAAAUUUCAGUUGUAGAGAUUACAGGCAUGCCUUGUUUGAUUGUCCUUCACUUUAUUGCACUUCACAGAUAUUAUGUUUUUUCAUAAAUUGAAAGUUUGUGGCAACUCUGCAUCGAGCAAUUCUAUUGGCCCCGCUUUUCCAACCACAUCUGCUCACUUUGUAUGUGUCACAUUUUGGUAAUUCUCGCAGUAUUUCUAGCUUUUUCAUUAUUAUUAUAUUUGCUGUGUUGAUCUGUGAUCAGUGAUCUUUGAUGUCACUAUUGCAAAAAGAUUACAACUCACUGAAGGCUCAGAUAAUGGCUGGCGUAUUUUAGCAAUAAAGUAUUUUUUAAUUAAGGUAUAUGCAAUGUUUCUUUAGACAUAAUGCUAUUGCACCCUUAAUAGACUACAGUAUACUGUAAACAUAAUUUUCAUACAUACUGGGAAACCAAAAAAAACUGUGUAAUUUACUUUAUUGCAGUUCUUGUUUUAUUGUGGUGGUCUGGAAUCAAACCCUCACUAUAUUUGAGGUAUACCAUACCUGUGUAUCAUAAUUUAGUCAAUGAGCUUUUAUUAAUAUACCUUUAGACUGUUUUCAAUUUUUGUGUUAAUAUAAGCGACAACGCAGCAAACAUCUUGCAUAUAUCCUUUUCCCAGAUCCCUGAUUAUUUUCUCAGAGUGAAUAAAUAGAAUUAAGAUUCCUGGGUCCAGCUGUAUUUGAAAUGGAAAGGCUAUUAAUACAUAUUGUCUAAUUGUCUUCUAGAAAUGUAGCAUCAAUAAACUUCAACU